ACACACACUGAUAUAUACAUUAUACAUACAGAAAUAUAUCUAUAAAUCAAUUUAUUAAAAAACCCUUCUAUCAAAAAACCUUUCCUACAAAGCUACCCAAAAAUUUAGGGUUUUUGUAGAUUCUAUCCAUGUCAAUGGCAGCACUAGGACCAGAUGGUUCAUCUUCUUCCUCUACGACGGCUGGUGUCCGGAUCGUCGUCGCCGGUGACCGUGGCACCGGAAAAACCACUUUGAUAGUCAAAGCCGCUACUGACUCUUUUCCGACCAAGGUUCCUCCCUUGUUGCCGCCGACUAGGAUGCCGGAAGAAAUGUUCCCCGAUCGUGUUCCGGUUACUGUUAUUGAUACUUCUUCUAGUUUGGAGAGUAGAGGCAAACUUGCUGAUGAACUGCAGAGGGCUGAUGCAGUUGUUCUUACAUAUGCAUGUGAUCAGCCUGCGACCCUUGAUCGGUUGAGUACUUUUUGGCUCCCUGAACUUCGACGGUUAGAGGUAAAGGUACCUGUUAUAGUCGCAGGUUGUAAGUUGGAUCUAAGGGAGGAGCAUUAUCCACUUACUUUGGAGCAGGUGAUGUCACCAAUUAUGCAACAGUUUCGGGAGAUUGAAACAUGUAUCGAAUGUUCAGCAUAUAAAAGUAUUCAGAUCCCAGAGGUUUUUUACUAUUCCCAGAAGGCUGUUCUUCAUCCAACAGCCCCAUUAUUUGACCAGGAGUUACAGACCUUGAAACCCCGUUGUGUCAGGGCUUUGAAGAGAAUUUUUAUUCUCUGUGAUAAUGAUAGAGACGGUGCUCUAAGUGAUGCAGAGUUGAAUGAUUUCCAGGUCAAAUGUUUUAAUGCUCCAUUGCAACCCUCAGAGAUAGUUGGUGUAAAAAGAGUUGUGCAAGAAAAAUUGCCUGAAGGAGUUAAUAUGAAUGGCCUCACAUUAACAGGCUUUCUUUUCCUACAUGCACUAUUCAUUGAAAAGGGUCGUCUUGAGACAACAUGGACUGUUUUAAGAAAGUUUGGGUACACUAAUGAGAUAAGGCUUUGUGAUGAUCAGCUCUUGCCUCCAAUUAAAAGAACUCCUGAUCAGAGUGUGGAGCUGACAAGUGAAGCUGUUGACUUUCUCAGAGGGGUGUUUUUCUCCUUUGACAUGGAUGGUGAUGGAGCUCUUAAUGCACAGGAACUAGAUGACGUGUUUUCAACUGCACCAGAGAGUCCUUGGUAUGUAGCUCCAUAUGCUAAUGCAGCAGAGCAUAAUGCUUUGGGAGGAUUAUCACUUGAUGGGUUUUUGUCUCAGUGGGCUCUUAUGACGCUUCUAGACCCAGUCCUUAGUGUUGAGAAUCUCAUAUACCUCGGAUAUGCUGGUGAUCCUUCUUCUGCAGUAAAAGUUACCCGUAGAAGACGUGUUGACCGCAAGAAGCAACACUCUGACCGAAAUGUCUUCCAGUGCUUUGUUUUCGGGCCUAAGGAGGCGGGGAAGUCUUCGUUGUUGCAGUCUUUUGUUGGAAGCCCGUUUUCUGAAACUUAUACACCAACUACCGAGGAACGAUGUACAGUUAAUAUUGUUGAUCAGCCUGACGGAACAAGGAAAACUUUAAUUUUGAGAGAGAUUCCUGAAGAUGCUAUUAAAAAGUUGCUGAAUGAUAAGGAUGCGUUGGCACCAUGUGACAUAGCUGUAUUUGUUCAUGAUAGUUCAAAAGAGGCUUCAUGGUUAACAGCAACAGAAUUACUUGUUCAAGUUGCUAGUCAUGGGGAGUCCACUGGGUAUGAGGUUCCCUGCCUCAUUGUUGCUGCUAAAGACGACCUUGAACCAUACCCAACUGCAAUACACGAUUCAACAAGGGUAAGCCAAGAUAUGGGAAUAGAGGCUCCUAUACCUAUUAGUACAAAAUUGGGAGACUUCAAUAAUAUCUAUAGGAGAAUUGUGAGAGCAGCAGAACACCCUCAUUUGAGCAUUCCUGAAACAGAAGCUGGCAAGACUCGGAAACAGUAUCACAGGCUUCUUAACCGUUCUCUGAUGGUUAUUUCAGUGGGAGCUGCAGUUGGAAUUGUUGGGUUAGCUGCAUACCGUGUUUAUGCUACCAGGAAGAAUUCUUCAUCUUGAAAGAGCUGGCUACAAUGCUUAAAGCGCUGUUGUGAUUUGAUGCAAUAACUGAAUUUGGAUCAGAGCCAUGUUUUGUUUUUCUUUUCUAAUAUCUACAAUCCUUGUAUUCUUCUUCUGAUAGUCAUGUAAAGAAUGUGUUGCUAGCUUUGUUUCUGACUUGUUGAGAUGGCUCUAAGCUUUUCCCCAA